CCAGCCGGGCCCCCGGGUGGGAGGAGCGCGCGCGCGGAGGCUGUAGGUCUGGCCAGGCCGGCGGCGCCCCUGCCCUCGGGGCGUGGGGAGCUGCGGGGGCGGAGAGAGGGGCGCCAGACCCCUCCUCAGAUCCGAAGAGAGAAAACAGACCCUGCCUGGCCCUGUCUGGAUGCUGUGAUCGGGAGCUAAGAUGGCAAGCGAGAUUGAUCUGGAGUGUGAAGAGGCGUCAGCCCCCUCGCCCCGAGGAGGGGUCGGGGAAGGCCUGACCCAGGCGUUGGAGGCCUCACUCCCCACACUCGCCUGCAUAGACCUGGACAAGGGUCUGGAGUUCAGAAGUGAGCUGAUCGAUGACAAGGAGUUUGAUAUUCCUCAGGUGGACACCCCUCCCACCCUAGAAAGCAUCCUCAAUGAGACUGACGAUGAGGAUGAGUCCUUCAUUCUUGAGGACCCCACUCUGUUAAACAUUGACACUUUCGACACCCACUCCUACGACACGUCGUCAGUGGCCAGCUCGGACAGUGGUGAUCGAACCAAUCUGAAAAGGAAGAAGAAACUUCUUGACUCUUUUUCACUCCACGGCUCAGUCAUGCGGCACUCGCUGCUCAAAGGGAUCUCGGCCCAGAUCGUCUCUGCAGCCGACAAAGUUGAUGCCGGCUUGCCUACUGCAAUCGCCGUGUCCAGUCUGAUCGCAGUGGGGACUUCCCAUGGAUUGGCCUUAAUCUUCGGAAAAGAUCAGAAUCAAGCCCUGCGCCUCUGCCUGGGCAGCACCAGUGUUGGGGGCCAGUAUGGGGCCAUCUCUGCUCUCAGCAUCAACCACGACUGCUCGAGACUUCUCUGCGGCUUUGCCAAGGGGCAGAUGACCAUGUGGGACUUGGCCAGCGGGAAGCUCUUGAGAUCAAUAACAGAUGCUCACCCGCCUGGAACAGCGAUUCUGCACAUUAAGUUUACAGAUGACCCAGCCCUCGCCAUUUGCAAUGACAGCGGCGGUUCUGUGUUUGAGCUGACGUUUAAACGCGUGAUGGGAGUGAGAACCUGUGAAUCCCGGUGCCUGUUCAGUGGGUCCAAGGGGGAAGUUUGCUGUAUCGAGCCUCUGCAUGCCAAAGCUGAGCUGAAGGAUCACCCCAUCACCCAGUUUUCCUUACUGGCUAUGGCAUCCUUAACUAAAAUAUUGGUCAUUGGACUGAAGCCGUCUCUGAAAGUGUGGAUGACUUUUCCCUAUGGACGGAUGGAUCCCUCCAGCGUCCCGCUGCUGGCCUGGCAUUUUGUGGCAGCCAAUAAUUACGUGAACCCCACCCUGGCCUUUUGCAGAGGAGACGUUGUUCACUUUCUGUUGGUUAAAAGAGAUGAAUCAGGUGCCAUACACGUCACUAAACAAAAGCGUCUGCACCUGUGCUAUGACCUCAUCAACUUCACUUGGAUCAAUUCCCGGACGAUCGUGCUCCUGGACAGUGUGGAGAAGCUGCAUGUGAUCGAUCGGCUGACGCAGGAGGAGCUGGAGACGGUGGAAAUUUCCGAGGUGCAGCUGGUCUACAACAGCAGUCACUUCAAGUCGCUGGCCACUGGAGGCAACGUCAGCCAGGCCCUGGCUCUGGUUGGAGAGAAAGCUUGUUAUCAGUCCAUCAGUAGCUAUGGCGGCCAGAUCUUUUAUUUAGGGACAAAAUCUGUUUAUGUGAUGACACUGAGGAGCUGGAGAGAGAGAAUCGAUCAUCUCCUGAAACAGGAGUGUCUGACCGAGGCCCUGGCCCUCGCGUGGUCUUUCCAUGAAGGGAAAGCAAAAGCUGUCGUUGGCUUGUCGGGGGACGCUAGUAAGCGGAAGGCUGUGGUUGCCGACCGGAUGGUUGAAAUCCUCUUCCACUGUGCAGACCGAGCUUUGAAAAAAUGCCCAGACCAGGGUAAAAUCCAGGUGAUGGAGCAGCACUUUCAGGACACGGUGCCCGUCGUCGUCGAUUACUGUCUUCGGCUGCAGCGCAGGGAUCUUUUAUUCAGCCAGAUGUAUGACAAGUUCAGUGAGAACUCGGUGGCCAAGGGGGUCUUCUUGGAGUGCCUGGAGCCUUACAUUUUAAGUGACCAGCUGGUGGGGAUCACAGCCCAGGUGAUGAAGGAUCUGCUCAUUCACUUCCAAGAUAAGAAGCUGAUGGAGAAUGUGGAAGCCCUGAUUGUACACAUGGACGUCACCAGCCUAGACAUCCAGCAGGUCGUUCUCAUGUGCUGGGAGAAUCGUCUCUACGAUGCCAUGAUCUACAUCUACAACAGGGGCAUGAACGAGUUCAUCAGCCCCAUGGAGAAGCUUUUCAAGGUCAUUGCUCCUCCUCUGAGUGCCGGCAAGUCCCUGACAGAUGAACAAGUUAUUAUGGGCAACAAGCUGCUUGUCUACAUAAGCUGCUGCUUGGCAGGUCGUGCCUAUCCCCUGGGGGACAUCCCUGAAGAUCUAGUGCCCUUGGUUAAAAAUCAGGUCUUUGAGUUUCUGAUUCGCCUGCAUUCCACAGAGGCCUCCUCGGAGGAAGAGAUCUACCCCUACAUCUGCACCUUGCUUCACUUCGACACCAGGGAAUUCCUGAACGUCCUUGCCCUGACUUUUGAAGAUUUUAAAAAUGACAAGCAAGCUCUGGAGUAUCAGCAGCGGAUUGUGGACAUCUUGCUGAAGGUCAUGGUGGAAAAUUCAGAUUUUACUCCUUCUCAAGUCGGGUGUCUCUUCACCUUCCUCGCCCGACAGCUCGCUAAGCCCGACAAUACGCUCUUUGUGAACAGGACGCUCUUUGACCAGGUUCUCGAAUUCCUCUGCAGCCCCGACGAUGACUCACGACAUUCAGAGAGGCAGCAGGUCCUCCUAGAAUUGCUCCAAGCUGGAGGGAUCGUGCAGUUUGAGGAGAGCCGGCUCAUCCGGAUGGCAGAGCGAGCAGAAUUCUACCAAAUUUGUGAAUUUAUGUAUGAGCGGGCACACCAGUACGACAAGAUUAUCGACUGCUACCUACGGGACCCCCUGAGAGAGGAAGAGGUGUUUAACUCCAUCCAUAACAUCCUGUCCAUUCCUGGGCACAGCCUGGAGGAGAAGCAGUCCGUGGGGCAGAAGGCCAUGCAGCACAUCGAGGAGCUCGUGUCUCUGAACCCCUGCAGAGCAGCCGAGCUGGUGGCCACGCACUUCUCUGGACAGGUUGAGGUGGUCAUUCAGAAGCUCCAGAGCCCGUUUCUGCUGUUCCAGUUUCUGAGGAGCCUUCUUGACCCGAGGGAAGGUAUUUCCACGACUCAAGAGUCGCUCCAGGUGACCCCCAGCAUCACAGAGCAGUUCAUCGAGUUGUUGUGUCAGUACAACCCCCACCAAGUGAUUGACACUCUGCAGGUCCUAGAGUCCUACCGGCUGGAGGAGACCAUUCAGAUUACCCAGAAGUACCAGCUUCUUGAAGUGUGUGCCUACCUCUUAGAGAAGAAAGGAGAUGUUCACGGUGCUUUCUUAAUAAUGCUUGAGAGACUACAGAGCAAGCUCCAGGAGUUUACAAAGGAGAGUGAAAACAUGAGAGAGGACCCCUCAUUCAAGGACGUGGAAGAGAUCUUGGUAGAGACGAUUGCCCUCUGCCAGAGGAAUUCACACAGUUUGAACCAGCAACAGCGAGAGGCUCUCUGGUUUCCCCUGUUGGAGGCGAUGAUGGCCCCUCAGAAGCUGUCCAGCUCAUCCGCACCACCUCGACAUGCAGAACCUCUGAAGUCGCUGACCAUGCGGGUGCUGAACAGCAUGGCGGCCUUCAUCGCCCUCCCAUCCAUCCUGCAGCGAAUCCUGCAAGACCCAGUUUAUGGAAGGGGAAAGCUUGGCGAGAUCCAAGGACUCAUCCUGGGAAUGUUGGAUACCUUUAACUAUGAACAAACCCUCCUGGAAACAACCACCAGCCUCCUCAACCACGACCUCCACUGGUCACUGUGUAACCUGCGGGCGUCAGUCACCAGAGGAUUGAGCCCCAAGCAGGACUCCUGCUGUGUCUGCCUGCAGCAGUACAAGAGGCGCCAGGAGGUGGCCGACGACAUCGUCGUUUUCAGCUGUGGCCACCUGUAUCACUCCUUGUGCCUGCUGAACAAGGAGUGCGCCGUGGGCACAGGGAGCCAGGCCAGGUGGAUGUGCUACAGGUGCAACUCAAGCAACAAGAUAGGGAAGCUCAGUGAAAAUGCAUCUGAAAUGAAGAAAGGACAGCUCGCCCAGGCCCAGGUGAAAAUGUCUCCUUCCUGUCCUUCACCCCGCGGAGAUUCUGCUGCUAAGAAGACCUCAUCAGAACCAGGACUGGAUCCCCAGCAAAUCCAGGCUUUCGACCAGCUCUGCCGCCUUUACCGGGGAACCUCCAGGCUGGCCCUGCUGACGGAGCUCUCGCAGACCCAAAGCAGUGAGAGUCACAGGCUCCUCGGGGUCUCCAAGAGCAGCCCUGCCCUCAACAGCAUCUUCCAGAAUGAGAACUUUCAGCUCCACCUGGCUCCUCCCCCCCUGACCCAGGACUGAGGGUGUCCCAGCCAGGGUGAGCUGGGCCCUCAGGGAAGCGUCUCUGAGGAGCCCAGGCCACUUCCGAGGGGCUGAGUCCCUUCAUCUCUUGGUGUCUUGGAGUCUCAGGCCUCCCUCGAGCCUGUUCCAACAUCUGGCUCAAUGGUUCUGUCUGUCCUUGGUCUGCUCGCCAUCAUGUGUCUCCCUCCCAAUUCCUCAGGAACUGAUCGGCCCAGAGACCCCAGUUCCACAUGACCUUCUCCUCUUCAUUGGGGGCCCCUGGGAGGCCCAAAGCUCCCACCGGAGGUUUCCUGCUCCCAGGCUAGGUUGGAGCAUCAGGGGUCCUCAGGACUGUCCGUGGAGGGGACCCAGAACUGCUCCUGACCCCCAGCUUUCAUGGAAGGGCACACAAGGGAGGGCUACUCGAGAAGAAAGCCGUCAGUCAUCUGAAAGGGGUCCUGAGAACAAUGAAGAGGAGGGGGUGGCUAGCAUACCCUGCAGAGGUCAGGAGACAGAAAACCGGCUCUUAUUUGGCCCCUGCCACAAUAAAUGUCCCUUUAACUCUGCA